AUGGGGCGCCCCGAGAGCCCUGCACUGGCCCCCUCCGGCCCGCAGCCGCCUGGCUCCGCUCACAGGGCGGGUGGGAUCUGCUGGCUGCAGCAGGGGAAGGAGGCCAAGUGCACCAUGAUCCUGAAGACGGGCGUGACGUGGGAGGAAUGCUGUGCCAACGGCAACGUGGACGUGGCUUGGUCUAAUUAUACCUACCCAGGCAACAAGAUCAGCCUGUUGGGCUUUCUGGGGCUGGUGACCUGCCACCCCUGCAAAGAGAGCUGCGAGGGGGUGGGGUGCGGCCCCGACAAGGUCUGCAAGAUGAAGCAUGGGCGCCCCCAAUGUCCCGGCCCCCCGGACUGCCCCAGCCUGCCCCGAAAGCUGCAGGUCUGUGGCUCCGACGGCUACACCUACCGAGACGAGUGCGACCUGCUGACGGCCAAGUGCAGAGACCACCCCGACCUCGAAGUGAUGUACCAGGGCAAAUGCAAAACUGCGGCCAAAUUCUCCCCGGAGACGGACAACGCCGAAGAGAACUACGUGUGA